CACCUUCAACUAAACCCAGAAAGAAAAGUAUUAGCCAAAAAACAUAACUAAUAAAUAAACACUCCCUUAUAUAUUAGAAUCUCUCACAGGUCACUAGAAUAAUUAAUAUAACCUGUAGUGGUUCAUUUCAACCAUGGCCUCGACCUUAUCAAUCUCCUCUUCGUCAAGCCUUAUUGACGCCAAGGCUCCUCGCCAAUCAACAGCUGCAUCACCACAAUGCGUGACCCUCCCCACACUUCCUCUUCCUCCUGUUCAGUCUCAGAACCUCCCCGGGAAGACCACUGCUUAUUGUCGAAAGAUAGCCCGGAAUGUUAUGGCUAUGGCUACAGGAGAGGCUCCAGCUGAGGUUGCUACAACUGAGCCGCCAGAGUUGGUCAAGACACUUCAGGAAGCUUGGGAUAAGGUAGAAGACAAGUAUGCUGUGUCUUCACUGGCAGUGGCUGGUGUAGUUGCCCUUUGGGGCUCCACUGGGAUGAUCUCGGCAAUUGACAGGCUUCCUUUGAUUCCUGGGGUUCUUGAGGUUGUGGGCAUUGGAUACACAGGAUGGUUUGCAUACAAGAACAUCAUUUUCAGACCUGAGAGGGAAGCUUUGGUAGCGAAAAUAAAAGCCACGUACAGAGAAAUAACUGGGAGCAGCUAUUAAGGGAAUCAAUCUUCUGCUGCAGUGAAGGUGAAGUCAUUAAGCUCUGAAGCAAACAUUUUGCAGGAUUGUGCACAAGGAAUUCUUAAACAUGAUUCAUUUGGUUUGCGUAAGAUUCCGAACCAGAAUAAAAUCCAUGUAAUAAUGUACGUUUAUAUCUAAGACACGUGUAAUUAAAUGUUUAGUUUCUCUACACUCUAACGUUGUUUUAUGGAGAAAUUAUUGAAACAUCAUUGUCUGUA